AUGGCGAACAAUAUUUUGAGUAUAAAGAACUCAAUCGUUGAUGAAAAUGAUGUAAUAAGUCAACAGUUUCAUACGUACACUCCUUACACAACUUCCUUCAAUAACAACGAUGAAGUGAGAAUUACAAUACAAUCGCAGGAUUUAAUCACUCUGCCAUCUCAGAGCUACAUAUAUAUGGAGUUUUCAUGCGCAAGAACUGACAAUGAAUUGUUUGCUAACAAUCAAGCUGUAUUUUCAUACAAUUUUACUUCACACAUGUUUAGCGAAAUGCGAUAUGAAUUGAAUGGUAUUGAAAUUGAUCGUAACAAAUUGCCCGGCAUCACAUCUAUAAUGAAAUGCGUGGUCGCAUGUAAAUCAGAGGAUCAUUAUUUAUAUGAAUUGUUUAAUGAUAAAGGAGAUAAGUCGAUUACCACUGGAACAUAUCGCAUGAUGAUUCCACUUCGUUUCAUAUUCGGAUUCUGCGAUGAUUUCCGAAAAGUUAUAUUGAACUGCAAACAUGAAUUAAUUUUGGUACGAAAUAGAUCAAAUAUAUGUGUAUAUCAAUCAAAUGCUGACAUAUUGACAUUGACAAUCAAUAAAAUUCAAUGGAAAGUGCCACAUGUAUCGCUUAGCGAUCAAGCAAAAUUAUCUAUGCUUAAAACGAUAUCACGAAACGAAAACCUCUAUAUUCCGUACCGUUCGUGGGAUUUAUAUGAGUUACCAGCUUUGCCAACAACAAAUCGCCACACCUGGAGCGUGAAAACAACGAGUCAAGUUAGAAAACCUCGUUAUGUCAUUGUGGCAUUUCAAACAAAUCGCAGCACCAUUGUGAAUGAUUCGUCAGCUUUUGAUACCUGCAACAUAUCGAAUGUAAAAUUAUAUUUGAAUAAUGAACGCUAUCCAUACGACGACCUAAAUUUACAAUUCACUGCAGAUCAUUUCUCUGAAUUAUUUCACAUGGUGAAAACUAUACAAUGUACAUAUUACAAUGAAGUUUCAUUCUACAAUCCAACCGAAUAUAAUCUGGAUAACUUUACGAAAAAACCAAUGUUUGCUUUCGAUUGCACGAAAUCAGAUGAGAGUGUGAAAACUGGAAUGGUUGACGUUCGCUUGGAAUUAGAGGCCAGAGAAAAUUUCCCAGCUUUAACUACAGCAUAUUGCCUGAUCAUUCAUGACAAUUUAGUCCGAUACUCACCUUUCAGCAGUAUAGUUCAUCGUGAAAUCUAA